AUGUAUAUAUGUGCGUAUGCGUGCAAUAUGAAGAAUGUACAAAUUUCCCUGGCAGUGUUUUUGUGUGUUUGUUUGUUUUUUUUUCUUUUUCUUUUUGUGUGUACUGCUGCCUCAAUUCUUUUGCGUGUAGUUUGGUAUUCAAUGAUCGUCAACAAUGAUGAACGGAGCAUUGACUUUAGUCAAAACCCAUCAGGCGAACUAGACGAUGAGGUGCUCACAUCUCUUCGUGACGCAUUACAAGGCAAUGAUAACUACUGUAAGCUUGUUUUUGACAACAAUCGUCUAAACGACGACGCAAUUGGCAUUCUGGCCGCUAUUUUGAAGGGGUCUACCCCCAUUGAGCACUUGUCUCUCUCUUCAUGCCAAUUUCGUGACGUGGAUUUUACGCAUAUUGCCAACGCCCUCUGUGUAAAGAAAGUGUUGAGGCACCUCGAUUUGUCAAAAAACCCCGAAAUCACUAGCGCGGCUGCAGCGGAUCUUUCACGGGUCAUUCGAACACUGCCGUCAUUGCGGACUCUUCUGUUAAUUGGAACAGGCCUUCAGCCAAAAAACUGCUCAAAUAUUCUUGCCGCGUUGAAGCAGAGCCCAUCCCUUAAAGUGGUGGAGUUGCCGUACACGGUGGGCUUCAAAGUCCUCGACAGCUUCCGGAAAUUGCUUGAGGAGAGGAACGGUGACGAAUUAGAGGAUUCGCAGAAGAAGAAAAAGAAAAAAGCCGCGAAAUCUGAGGCAGCGCCGACGGAUUCGGGGGAUGGGGCUUUUUGUUGUUCCAAGUGCGAUACGUGGAAGGCGACUUCUAUGCCAAAACUUGUCUUGCCUCCGAUCCAUGCAUCUCAAACAGCGGGACAAAAACCCCUCUCGAAGUCAUGCGGUCCCUCCAACUCUUUGCGGAUGAUGGAAUUUCGUUGUUGGGCGGACCCGGCUGUUAAAAACGCCGCCGUCCACCUUCAUGUACUUGACAAACGGUGCCAUCUUUGGGAAGUUUACCAGAAGGAAAAGAAAGAAAAAAUUCUUGCAAGGCGUGGUGUAGACGAAAAGAAUCGGGCUGUAAAAGUACGCUCACGGUACGGUGGCUAUGAUGCCUGCCCAAAUCUUUAG